AAAGAACGAAACGUGGCUGUUGGGCUACACUUUGCUUUUGUCAUAUUUUAUUGAAGAACAACUACCAUCAGCAUUUCAAGUAAAAGACAUAUAUUUUAAGGUAAAGAAGGGUCAAAUUAUUACCGGAAGAAGCAGAUAUCACCGAAAGAGUGAAAUGGCGAGCUCAGAGACUGCAAAUGAAGAAGUUUGCUUUGAACUUCCAGCUCCUUCUGGUUGGAAGAAGAAGUUCAUGCCCAAGAAAGUUGGGACCCCAAGGAAGAGUGAGAUUGUAUUUAUUAGCCCAACAGGAGAAGAGAUCAGUAACAAAAGACGAUUGGAACAAUACCUGAAAGCACAUCCUGGUGGUCCAGCAUCUUCAGAGUUUGAUUGGGGCACCGGGGAGACCCCAAGGAGAUCAGCAAGAAUUAGUGAAAAAGUCAAGGCAUCACCAACAGCAGAAAGUGAAUCCCCAAGGAAACGUAGUAAAAAAUCAUCAGCUUCAAAGAAGGAUAACAAAGAAAUAGAAAAUGCCCCUGAAAGAAAUGAGGAAAUUAAUGAAGUUCAUAUGAAAGAGGCUGAAAAGACUGAGAAGGAUAAUGCUGAGGUGGAAGAGGAAAAGGAUGUUGUGAAGGAAAGUCAAGCUGAGAAUAAAGAUGAACAAGAUCCGGAUGCCAAAAAUGAAGCUCCUCCUAACAGAGCCAAAGCUGAAGAGGAUGUUGAUAUGUCUAAUGAUGCUGUAGAAGCAUCCAAGAAAAAUGCUGGUGCAGAACCUGGAAACUUACAAGGGGCUCAGAAUGGUAUUCAAGAUGAUGGUUUGGGAGUAACUGAGGAUAAGAUAGACAUGGAGAGUGCAAAAGAUCAAGAAAAGGUUGGUAAACCUCAGGUUGAGACACAGAAAGAGCUUAGAUCUGGGGAACAGGACAAAGCAAAUUUAGCGACUGCAGAAGGAAAGGGAAAACAGAAAACUGAUGGCAGUUCUCCUGAAGCUGAAGGAGAGCUCAAGGAGAAAGAUGCGGCGAAUAUCAAUGAUGAGGAACUGAAUAAAUCUGGUGUCAGUGAGAUUAGCAAGAAGGUGGAAGAAGUGAUUGAGAAUGGCAGCCAUGACAGUGCUAAAGUCAAGCCUUCAGUUACUGCUUAAAUGGAUUAACUUGAUGCAGACUUCUUAUUCACCUCUUUCUGACUCUUUUAGCUGAUGAAAUCUUUAAACCUGUACCUCUGUUGUUGUUAAUUAUAGAUAUCUGGUUAUCCAACAAGAUGUGCCAUCUAUAAAAUCAUAGGUAGGUGUAUAAUGUAGUCAGCCUCCAUUCUACCGGAGAGACUUGUAGUUGCAGUGACCCUAAUACUGUGUUGUUAAAUACUGCUAAUGUGAUGUUUUUAUGCAGUUAUGUAAUAAUAAGUUAGAGAUGUAUGAAUUCAGUAUUACUCAGUGCCCCUUCUCUGGAUGGAUAUGUAAUAAUAAGUUAGAGAUGUAUGAAUUCAGUACUA